AUGAAGAUGGACACGAGUGGAACCAACCACGUUGACUCUCGCUCCCAACCAGUGCAGCGGCCAGUAUUCGAGGCGCGAAGCGUCGUUAAUUCUCGGGCAUUAGACAAGGGACGCGCAAGAAGCCAACGAAGAAAGCAACGGGGCAACAGACAUCGAACUCAGGAGCAACAAUGUGGGAGAAAUCAGGAGCCAGAGCAGCCAAACAAGAAAAGGCUCAAGACGAAAAAUGACCCGAAUGGGACUAGACGUCACAGAAACCUGAAAAACCUUAUGAUGAUCGAGCGCUUAGAGACCAAUAUAGGGCGAAUGGAGGCUCGCUUACAGGGUUUGGGUUUCGACCUAUGCAAUGAGGAAACGACACAAGCCUCGCCGCAGCAAUUGGUGUCCAACAGUCUACAUUCAACGCCAUCACCAUACGCCUCCGAUCCUGGGAACUUUCUGGACCAAGCAUCCUUCAGGGGUGAACCACAUCCCCAAGGCAUCUGCGGAAAUUUGGAAGAAUCACACGCUGCCGCAAUUCCAGAGCUAGCACAGGAAGGGGAUGUGUUAGUUACUCAUGAAGUCAAGGAAGACCUGUUUCCUGAUUUUGGAUGUCUCGUGCUUCCGAGAUGCAUACUAGACACGCCAGCUGCUAGAAGCCUCCCGGCUUUAUCACACGAAGGUCUGGAGUGGGUGAGUCAACAAUCUGGCGUAACUCCCGGAUUAUUCCCCGGUAGGCAUAUCAAUACUAUGUCAUUCGGGCCGUUAGGGCCAUUAGGGUCAUUAUGUGACGACUUUCCAAGAAAAACCUUUUGUCCACUGCCGUCCAGAGGAGAGGCCUCGUCGCUGUUGCAUGAGUAUCUACAGAAUUUCAACAGCAUGUGCCCUCUGUUCGAGCAGGCCAAGCUUGUCUCUCUCUUCAACCAAGACAAUCUAGAAGCUUCUCUUCGCAGUCCUGCGUUGUGGGCUAGUGCCAAUGUUGUGUUUGCCCUAGGAAUCACAUUUCGCAUCAAUGAUGGGGUUGUUUUGCAAUCAGAGUACCAAAGAAGUUGGCUUUUCAUCAAAAAUGCCUUCGGUACCUUCCAUCAUCUUUGUCUGGGUCAGCCAGAUAUGUGGUCCAUCCAGGCACUCUUAGGAAUGUCGGUUUUCUUUUUAGGAACGAUGUCUGCCGAGCCUUGCUGUUUUCUUGUCACCGCCGCGAUACGCAUGAUUCAUCAAAUUGGGUUGGGAAAGGGAGAGGAAAGUGUUACGCUCGACUCAGAGUAUAAAGAUCAUCGAAGAAUUAUAUUUUGGAUCGCGUACUGCCUUGAUAGAGAGGUUUCUCUCCGGUUCGGGAGACCUCCCACGCAAAGCGAUGAUGAUAUGAGUAUUGACCUACCUACCGAUACACCAAUAGGCAAUGCUAGUAUAAUACCGUCAAUGUAUCAGCGUGUCGAAUUUGAUGCGUUCAGAGCACAUUGCCAACUUGCAACCAUCAAAGGCCAAGUCUACAAAGAUCUAUAUUCGGCCGCAGCAAAGAAUAGAUCGCUGUCUGAGUUAAUUACUUCCGUCGGAGCGUUGGAUCAAAUGCUCGAGAACUGGAAGGAGGAACUACCAUCGAAAUACCAGCCAGAAUCACAGCGAUUACAAUCCAUAUCGAUGACCCUUCUCUAUCUCCAUUGCUCCUAUUUUAAUUGCAUUAUCGCAAUGCACAGAUUGAUUGCAAGCCGAGGAAUUCGUACCGGUGAUGAUCUGGUCAGAAAAUACCAAAAUUUUAGUUUUUCAGCUUCUCUUUCCGGCUCUCGAAGAGUAUUUUCGUCUGAAUCUCUCUGCACCAAUGCCGCACGUGCCUCUAUCAGGCUGAUGAAAUAUAUACCAGAGGGACAUAUAUCCGCUGUCGGAAUCCUCAUCCAUUAUCCCAUUGUUGCUUUGUCAACUCUUUCUUCCAGUAUUAUCCAGAAUCCUGUUGAUGCCUCGCGAUUAUCUGACAUGGGGCUCAUCGACCAGGUAGAGACGCUCUUGUCUUCGCUCGUUGCAAGUAUUCCGAAUCAAGCCAUCGCACAGCUGAAGACAUAUUGUGCAAACUAUCGCGCUGCUGCAAAAGCUGCAAUUCAAAAGACCAUGCAAUUCUGUGCCAAUAAGGAUCCUAUAAAUUAA